AUGGCGUCCUGGAAAGAUGCAGUGGUGGACCUCGAGAAUGAUUCCCUUGCUCCAGCUGCACCUGUGGCGGAAACAAGCACGGGGAGCAAAGUGCGACUUACGGCAAAGCAAGCUUGGAAGCUAGUCUGCGCCAAGUGCGGUGUACGGGUAAGUAAGUUCCGUGAUUGCAACCGAACUGGAACAUCCACCAGACAGGACACGCCGUGGGGAGCAUACAAUGCCGCAGGCGACCCCUUCGAAGAUGGCUGCCAGAGAUGCACACGCAUCUGCCGGCAGAUCUUGUGCAUGCAAUGGAAUGUUGCCAUGGAACGGUUGGAGAACCCGAGCGAUCCAUUGCACUCUUUAUGGGCUGACAUCGAGGCCAACCUUGAUGCUGUCGAAGACGAGAAGCCGAUGCCAACGCCAGUCAAAGUUCCGAGUGACGUCAGCAACGUUACCUCGUUUCUGGAAGAGUUCUGGCACGAGGUAGCAUUUGUGACGGAGGCCGAGUUCACAAAGUACGUCGGCUGCUCACCGGCAACUUUGAGGAUUGCGCUAGAAGAACGUGUGGUGACGAGUGGCCUUGUCAUGAAAGGCGUUUACGUCCAACUCCGAGACCUCCCAAAGACAAUGGGCCUGGGUGACAUCCUGGCCUUGAGGAAAGUGAAGCUGUCGUACAUUCGGGACUUGUCACAGUCGGAGUACCUCCUCAAGGCUGACAGCCAGCUGCACCCGAACCAGGCAAAGGCUGUUCGAGCCUCUGCCUUGCAGGCUUUGCUGAAGCAGCGGAGCCAAUCCUUGUCCCCAGCGCAAAUCGAUGCCUUGCCAACCUUGAACAGUCUUCGUGAGAAGGCUUUGCAAAUCGAAGAGGGCAGAGUGAAGCAAGAGACUGGGGUCGCAGAGCAAAACGGUCUGAACCUUGGUUCGCUGAGCGACCUUCCGCUUGCAGGGACAGCGCCUGCGAGCAAAAGGCGCAAAGCCGAGAAAUCAAACAAGGGUGGUGGCAGUGGCAAGCCUGCCAGGGAUGCACCACUUCGGGAAAGCAGCCCGGCCUCGAAACGAUCCAGAACCUCCGGUGCCCGCUUCGAUGGCUCAGACAAGGGUGGGGGCAACCUCACGGACGCUGAGAUUCGCAAGGCACUGCCCAAUGACGGCCAACUUCAGAAAGUGGCCGAGUCCUUAGGCAAAGUGCCUGAGUGCUUCCAUCAUCUCGACCCGAACAGGAUGCUGGCGGGAGAGAAGUUGGGGAGGUUUUGUGUCUUGCUGGUGCCGUGGCAUGAUUUCCUGUUCGCCCAUGGCCGACAUGCUUGCAAAUCAAAGGCACGCGACCUGCUGGACGUCCUCGCUGAACAGAAGUCGAAGCAGACCUGCCUCCUGAAGAAGAGGGUUGCUGUCUGUGAUGCUGCUGUCCUGCUGCACUCGAACGCACGCAGCCUGGACAAGGUGGAGUCCAGCAAGUUGGCUGACUGUCUCGCAUUGCUGGAAGAGGAGCGCAUCCAGCUGCCAUUCACAAUGGAGGCGAGCAUCACAGAGCUGCGAUGCAUCUCAGCCAUGGAGCGUGUGGGAAAGGAGUGGACAGCGACCAGUGAGGAGGCCAUCGCAGAGUUCCUGCAGAUUUGGUCGCCUUCUCUGACUCUUGCGGACAAAGACGACAAGGAUGAGUUCAAGAUUACGAAGCCCACCUUCAGUGCUUUGAUCCAGAGGGCAACUCAGCUUACUGAGUUUUCUUGUUUUAAUAUGUCACUGAUGUCGCAAUGCAAGUGUUCGUGCUGGUUGCUGCUGGUGAAAUUGACUCCGGUUGAAGAGCUGGAGUUGGAGGACUCCCAGGGGGAGCCAGUGCAGGAGGAGGAGAUCUGUUUCCAGGCUGUGGCCAAGUCAAUGCUGGAUUCUGUGGCCAAUGAUUUCUUCGCCGGCCACAUGGACUCUGCAGCCAAGACACCCCCAAGUCGGCGUGUGCUCAUGGAGAUAGCACAGUGCUUGGCCAAUGCCCUAACCACCCCGCUCGGAGAUGAGGAGCUGCCAGAGGCCAUCCGCCAAGCUCUGGGCAUCGUUGCGACAGUGGCGAAGGCCAUCCUGGCACUGGUUGUGCCCAUCCCGGAGUACAUGGGGUCGAGUGCCAAAGACGUCAUCGCAAUCACCAACGCGAAGGCUGGCAAAGGGUUCGACCCGCAGAAUGCUCUCUAUGUGCUCAUGCGCGAGAGGCUGACUGACAAUGGCUUCUGGAAGUCCCUUGCCACAGAGGUCAACCUGAAAUCGGGCACAAACAAGGAGCUGGCUCCCGUCUUGAAGAAGCAUUGCGAGUCCUUGAAAGCUGUGAAGAAUGGCGACUUCAAUGACAUGCUUGCUGCAGUUCUGGAGUGUCUGAAGGAUAUGCCUCGCCUUGAAUCGAACUUGCGGAACAACGCAACUCAGCAAUUGAGGACUCAGCUGAGGCUUCUUGUGCAGAAGCUGGGGAAGACAACCCUGGCCACUGACAUCGCAACGCUGCCGAUCUCUGAGCUGCAGCUCUUGGUGCAGUCCCUUGCCUGUGUGCUGGACGACCAAGGCAUACGUGAGAUGCACUGCAAGCUUGAAGCAUGGAUGCAGGCUUCCGAAGGGCAGUUUGCAGAGGCUGAGUGUGAGAGGUGGCUGGCUGAAGCACUCGAGGAAGCUGCAGUCAUGAGCUUCGAAAAGUUGGCCUACCAUGUGAACAAGUACAAGCAAGGCUUUCCGGACAAAGUCCUUGAGGAUGUCUUGAAACUGAUACCGAGAAUGCUGGAAACCUUCAUUGCGCAGGCGAGCUUGACACACAUGUGA